CACUCGGUCUUCUUUUACACAAGGAAGGCGCUAGCCCUCACCGCCGUCAUCACAGGUAACAACUCCGUCGAAAAACAUAGUUGAGACUAUGGGCAUCAGAUUUCUUCUUAACAUUGCCGUUCGGAAUUUCUGUGGAGAUGGUCUGCAGCAUGUUCAAAUAAUGUGAAGAAAUGGUGGGACUAUCCAUAGGAGAAAAGCAUUUUAUACAGGGUGGCAUUGCUCAGGAUCUUCGAUCUGAUGGCCGAAAAAGAUUGACAACUCGGCCCAUCUAUGUUGAAACUGGAGUCAUUUCCCAGGCAAAUGGUUCAGCAAGGGUCAGGAUGGGUGCCACAGAUGUCAUUGCCAGUGUGAAGGCAGAACUUGGAAGGCCGAAUGCGUUGCAACCUGACAAAGGAAAGGUCGUUGUGAAUGUUGAUUGCAGUCCCACUGCAGCACCAAUGUUUGAGGGUAGAGGGGGUGAGGAGCUGUCAGCAGAACUCGCAGUUGCUCUUCAACGUUGUCUCUUGGGCGGUAAAAGUGGAUCUGGUGCUGGAAUUGAUCUCUCCUCUCUGGUAGUUGUGGAAGGAAAGAUCUGUUGGGAUCUUUACAUCAACGGCCUUGUUGUUAGUUCAGAUGGGAAUCUGCUAGAUGCCCUAGGUGCUGCUAUAAAGGCUGCUUUGAGCAAUACAGGCAUCCCAAAAGUAAAUGUUGCAGCUGGUGCAUCAGGCGAUGAUCAACCAGAGGUUGACGUAAGCGAUGAGGAAUUUCUGCAAUUUGACACAUCUAGGGUCCCUGUCUUAGUUACAUUAACAAAGGUAGGCAGGCACUAUAUUGUAGGUGCCACUUCAGAAGAGGAAUCACAAAUGUGCUUGGCUGUUUCUAUUUCCAUCAAUAGGCAAGGCCACAUUUGUGGGUUGACAAAACGGGGAGGUGCCGGCCUAGAUCCAAGCAUCAUUCUUGGCAUGAUAUCUGUGGCAAUAACAGUAAGUGAGCAGCUGAUAAACACAUUGGAUUCUCAUAUAGCUGCUGCUGAAGCUGGGUGAGAGGAGACGUGGCAUAAUCAGAAUCUCUGAUACAUUUAAGUAGGUGGGUUCGUGUGGGUCCUAGGUAUAUGAAAAUUGUAAUGCUGAUAAUUUUACUUAAAGCUGAUGAGAACGUUUGAUUUGUCUUUUAACCAAAAUUAGUAUGGGUCUAUUGCUUUGCUGAUAUUAUUUUGCAUUGAUGCACUAAUUAAUUCUUCAAUUAGACUUGCCA